AUGUAUAACAGCUCUGAGCUGAUACUGCGUAGAGGACAGUCCUGCAGAUUAACUCUGGAAUUCAACAAACCACUACGUGACUGGAAGAGCAUAGUGUUCGUUGCACGCACAGGUCCCUCAAACUCAACAUAUGUCAACACAAAUGUGGAGUUUCCCCUGUCAAGCUCAUGGAGCAGUGGCAUGUGGAGUGCAGUUCUAGAGUCCAGUCCUGGCAAUUCCCUACGGAUAAUCAUGUCCAGUCCUGCCACUGCGGUCGUAGGGAGAUAUGACCUCAGUGUUCGGAUUUCUGUGAUGGGUCAGACUGUUACAUAUUCACUUGGAAAAUUCAUACUGCUCUUCAACCCCUGGUGUCUAGAUGAUGAUGUGUACAUGGCCAAUGAAGAAGAAAGGCAAGAAUACAUCCUAAAUGACCAUGGUGUCAUUUUCAUGGGAAAUGAGAAUCAUGUAACUGGGAUGGGAUGGAACUAUGGUCAGUUUGAAAAUAAUAUUCUGAAUAUCUGCUUGGACAUCAUGGACAGAAGUUUGAACUAUCAGAAAGACUCAGCUCUAGAUUGCUCCCAGAGGCACAGUCCCAUCUAUGUGGGAAGAAUCAUCAGUGCUAUGGUCAACAGCAAUGAUGACUUUGGUGUGCUCGAGGGGAAGUGGGAAAAAGACUUUUCAGAUGGGGUUGACCCAAACAGCUGGAAUGGAAGUGUGGAAAUUCUUUGGAAAUGGAAAAAUGACAACUACAAGCCAGUAAAGUAUGGCCAGUGCUGGGUCUUUGCAGCAGUGAUGUGUACAGUCCUCAGGUGUCUGGGCAUCCCAACCAGAGUCAUCACAAAUUUCAACUCCGCCCAUAACACGGAUGGGAACAUGGUCAUAGACAUGCACUAUGACACAGAUGGGAAGUUCUUGGAGAUCUCCGAUGACAGCAUUUGGAACUUUCAUGUGUGGAAUGAAUCCUGGUUCUUAAGACGGGACCUUGGCCUUUAUUACAGUGGCUGGCAAGUUCUGGAUUCAACACCACAGGAGGAAAGCCAAGGAGUACAUCGGUGCGGACCAACAUCUGUGAUUGCAGUGAAAGAAGGAGAUAUAAUAUUGGGUUAUGAUACUCCUUUUGUGUUUGCUGAGGUUAAUGCUGAUCGAGCUACAUGGGUUGUUCAAAAAGACGGAUCUAAGGAAAGAGCCCACAGUGAUACUAAAUAUGUUGGCCAAAGCAAUCAGCAUCAGCACCAAAGCAGUUGGAAAUGA